GGCGGUGAUGACAAAGUCCGCCAAAUGGAAACUUGCUAAGAAACAGGUUAUUCUAUGGCACAGCCUUGGAUUUACCGCGAUCUUGAGCUAAAAGGGAGCGAUCGGAUAACGAAGCAGGAAUAUCCCUAUUCAAUUCAUAUAACUCCACAACUAUAGAUCUGGAUAUUCGAGUGCGAUAAUCGCGGGGGGAAGUUAGCAAAGGACACCUGUGGGUUAACCAAGAAAACUUCUCAGUGAAGUGGCCGUUUCCAACAUGGCGGGUUUAUCGCUACUAACCCGAGGUGUUGGAGCCGAAGUUAAACAGAAGGGACACAAGAAACUAGACGUCUGUCUUGAACCAGAGGACUAUCUUAACAUUCAAUCUAAGAAGUUUUAUCUCCCACCAAUUGAGCAAAAAGUGGCUUGGAAUGAAGAUGAGGAAGGUGACAAGUUGGAAUAUUCACCACGAGAACUGCCUCUUCAUAAAACUUAUCUUACUCGGAAGGGAGCUCUUCUGCUCUUUUCCGAGGAACUGGCAUUGCGAACGAAGAGGCAAAGGAAAAGCGAAAAAGCAUUGGAAGCUGAGGACUAUGAUGAUUUUGAAAUGAAAACUAUCGAGGACCUUCGAAAUGCUGUUCUGAGUUACGGAAUGGGUGCGGGUGGAGAUGCGGGUGAGGAAGAGGCGCUCUAUUUCAAUUUUCUACAUCGCCAUCGAUGGCCACAUCAAAGGAAUAUCCGACCUGGGUUUUCUGCUAAACGCUAUAUGUCGCAUUGGUCACGUAGUUGGGAUGAUAGCAUUUUAAAUACUCUUAGGUCAAAAGGUUACAUAUGGGAUAAAAACCUAUUUCAACAGAACUCCUUACUACCUCAUCUUUACAGACGAAUUAAUGAUGAUUUAUCACAACCCCCGAUGCCAUACAGGAUAAAUAGAAACAUGUUAAUGUCCCCUGGAAGUCUGGAAAAUUAUGAAUUUUACAAAAUACGACCUGGAAGUUCUGAUUCAGGGCGUCCGUCGGAAGAUCUCCAUUCGGAAGGCCGAGACUCACGUGUGUCCCUGCAUGGCUCUAUUGCUGCUAUUGCUCGUGAUGAAGAUGAUAAAGCCCGUGCAGUUACGUACGCCGAUCUCGAAAAAGAGCAACAGCAGCAAGUGCUACAGAGGCUUCUGGUGCAGAGUGCUUUACACCAGCAACAACAGUUGAUAGAAGAGUCCAUGUCCAAGCUGGAAUCAAAAUCCAAUAAAGACACUGUCCCUAGCAUAAAUGAAAUUGACAUGGAGAAAGCCAUUGAUGUAAUUCCCAGCAGAUCAAAAUCAGUCCACUUUGCUGAAAAAGUGCCAGUCAUUCCUGAAGAAACUGAGGAGGAAUUAACUGACAAUGAAGAUAUCGGUGAAGCACCACCAUUGCCCCAUGAAGAUGGUGAAGAAGAUUCUGAUGACUCAGGUCACUUGUCAGAUGGGGAAAGCUACCCAGCAUCAGUCGGCACCAAAAAAUCUCGUCCAGUGUCUCUUCGAGACAUUGACUUAAAAGGAGGCGACAUUGACGCCACACUGUCAUUCACGAUAAAGAGUUUCCAGGCAAAUCAGUCAGAAGACGAAGACUUGGAUUCCCAGCAUCCAUUGAGUUUAUCCCAGCAUGCAUUGAGUGGUCUGCAGCAUGCACUGAGUGAUGAUGAGCAUGAUGAAGGUAUCUGCUUGGAGUGUACUGGAAUAACAAACCAACUAACAUUAAACAUCAUCCAAUCAUCUCCAAGCUCGUCUUUCAUAUCAUAUCCCAGAGUGUUUUAUCCCCAUCAUGUUCACAUGGUUUUUAAAAUCUUUGCUUUUUAA